UUCGCCUGUCGACUUCAUUGCGGUGUUACGUGUUCCGCGUGUCAGACGCAACGAAUGGCCACGGCGCGCGGCUAAAGCGGCAUAAAAACAAAUAAACCAAACAACAACAAUAGCAAUAAUAGCAACAACAACAACAACAACACAAAGCAAAAACAAAAUAAACAAUUUAAAGAAUUGAAAAAGCGAACGACAACAAUAAAAUAUUUAUUUUAAAAUAUUGAACAUUUGUAGCAUAGAUAUAGUGAAUAUAGCAUAGCAAAAACUGAAACAUAUGUAUGUUUGUAUGUAUGUAUGCAACGUUUAUCAACUGUAGUGCUUAAAAAACUGAAAUAUACAUAUUUAACUAUAUAUGUACCUACAUAUGUAUAUAUGUAUAACAUAUAUGCCAGCCAAAGAAACGCACAUGCUUAUGAUAUCCAAAGCAACAAAUAUUUGACUGGACUUGCCUUAAAGUAGCAGCGACAGCUAAAAGCUGCUGUGAAACAUUCAAAUUGUGAUUAUUAGUCAAAUUUAAGCAAAUUAGUGUACAAAUCGAUUAAAUAAUUAAGACAACAACAACAAGAACAACAACAACAACAACAACAAAUCAAUCAACGAAAACUGCAGCCAAAACAAACCAAACCAAACCCAAAGAACCAGCUAACUAUCAAGCAUUACAAUAAUGGAAUCCAUUUAGUGUUAAACUAAACGUAAGAAAGCGCUAGAGGUAAAGCACAAGAUGUCCAUGGUAUGCAGUCUGAAUGGCGAUGGCGGCCAGCCGACGAGUAACAACAGCAAUACGAACACGAACUCAAACACGAACACAAACACGAACACGAACACGAAUACGAAUGCGAAUGCGAAUGCAGCAAACACAAAUUCAAAUACAAACGCAAUGACGUACGAUUAUGGGCAGCAGCAGAGCUCGGCCGAUGUGCCCAAUGCCAGCACGCCGCUGCUGCUGGGCCACGAAUCGGGCGGCGCGGCCAGCGGCGAUGUGGGCAAUAGCGGCACAGCCAUAACGGUACUGCAGCCGCCUGCGAUGAUUGGCACAGCGGGCUAUGCGAUGACGACGACUGCGGAAUCAGCUGCGCUGGCGGCAGCGGCAGCAGCGGCGUCAGCAUCGGCUGCGCUGCCAGCGACAACGGGCGAAACGAUGCUGAGCCUGAAUAGCGGUACUUUGAGUGUAUCAGGCGGCAUGGCGCUGCCCGGCACAUUGAAUUUCGUGAUGGGCGCCGUAAGCGCGCAGACAAGCAACAACGACAACAACAACAAUAUGGAUAAUGCGAGCGAUGACUCGAACCCGGUGACCAUUUACAGGUGCCGGGCUCCGAUAGCGUCGCUCGACUGCAUGGAGGAGUUCAGUGGCCGUUCAAUAAGCCUCGGCUCGAAUCCGGCGCUGCCGCUGCGGCACGGCUCGACGCCGACGCCGGGCUUGCGGUACAAGAAUCUGGGCAAGAGCGGCCUGCGCAUCUCGAACGUCGGCCUGGGCACUUGGCCGGUCUUCUCGCCGGGCGUCAGCGAUGAGCAGGCCGAGUCCAUACUGAAGCUGGCCAUCGACAGCGGCAUCAAUCUCUUUGACAUCUCGGAGGCGCACUCCGAAACGGAGAUCGGAAAGAUAUUGCAGCGUACCGGCUGGAAGCGCACCACCUAUGUGAUCACUACCAAAGUGUACUGGAGCACCAAAUCCGAGGAGCGAGGCCUCUCACGCAAACACAUCAUCGAGUGCGUGAGAGCCAGCUUGCAGCGCCUGCAGCUGAACUACAUCGAUAUUGUCAUCAUUCACAAGGCCGAUCCCAUGUGUCCAAUGGAAGUGGUGCGCGCCAUGAGCUAUGUCAUCCAGCAGGGCUGGGCCAUGUAUUGGGGCACGGCCAGGUGGUCGCAGGUGGAGAUAAUGGAGGCCUAUACCAACUGCCGGCAGUUUAACUGCAUCACACCGAUUGUCGAGCAAUCGGAAUACCACAUGUUCUGUCGCGAGAAGUGCGAGCUGUAUCUGCCCGAGAUGUAUAACAAAAUCGGCGUAGGCCUGAUGGCCUGGGGCCCCUUGUCGAUGGCACUGAGUGACACACAGAACGGGGACAAGCUCUUCCUGCCCAAGGGCUCGUUCAAGACGAAGAGCUUCUCGUGGACGGAGGACGAGAUCAAUCGCAAUGCCGCAUUGUCGCCGCAGGGCAGCUGGGGCAAGGAUCGCAUCGAGGAGGGGCGCCGACACUGCGACCGGCUGCGCGACUUGGCCGCGCUGGCCGAGAAGCUCGGCUGCAGUCCCACCCAGCUGUCGAUCGCCUGGUCGCUGAAGCACGAGCCCGUUCAGUGCCUUCUGCUGGGCGCCACCUCGGCGGAGCAGUUGCAUCAGAGCUUGCAAUCGCUGCAGCUGUUGCCGCGUCUCUCGUCGAGCGUGAUGCUGGAAUUGGAGCGGAUACUGGAGAAUAAGCCGGUGCGACCGCCAAUGAUAUCGACACUGGCGCUUCGGUGACAAUCAGCCUGCCCGCAGGGUCCGCUCAGCCUGAGCGGCGGCGGGACCUGCGGCGCCGAUUCGCCCAAGCACGAGGAGGAGGCGUUCAUUGAGGAGGCAGAUGCCAAGGAGGCUGCCAAGCAGGGUUUCUGUGUUAUUCAGUGACGAAAGGAGUCCUUAGAUAAUGAUAAUAAAUUUUUGAAAGUGAUUAGCAGUAAAACUAGCCUAAGUAGCAAUACUAUGACAACAACAAUAAGCAAGCACGAGGUGCAGCAGCAGCAACAGCAGCAACAACAGCAGCAACAACAGCAGCA